AUGGAUCUCUUAGAUAACGCCUACCACAACGUCUACGACUCGAUCGCCAGCCUUGACUUCCAACAUGUUGUCCGCUUAGUGAUUGUCAUUGGAGGUUAUGCUCUUAUGAGAAAUUUGGCACAGAGACAUCUUGCCAAGAAACAUUUGGAACGCAAGGUUCGCGAAGGCCAAGCCGACAAGGCUGAACAAAGGCAAAAGGACCUUGUGGCGGACCCAGAAGGUGCAGAAUCGGCCAGCGAUAACGCCUUUGGCUGGGGAAACAAGACCCGCAAGAGAGUCAAGACACAGCAUAAGCUACUCGAAGAAAAAAUCGAUGAACUCAAAAAAAACCAGGGCUCUUUAGAUGACGAUAAAGACAUCGAGGACCUGCUGGAAGAUUAG